AAACCUCCAGCAAGUAUGUAUAGUUAUCUACUUGGAAAACAGUAACUUCACUAGUUAAAAAUGCAACCUUAUUCUUUCGGAGAAAACAUUAUUCUCAGUUUCUCAAUUUAACCCGCAAAGCAUGACCUGGAAAUGCUUACCCAGCUACUCAAAACUCGCCACUCCCACCUCCUCCGUAUCCGCCACCACUCCACCACCACCACGUCACCACCAGAAGCCACCACUCUAGCCGCCCUUAUUCUCAAUUCAACAAACUCACAGACUCUAGCAGAGUCACUUCACUCACCCUCUAUCCAAUGGACUCCACAGCUAGUCAAUACAAUUCUCAAACGUUUAUGGAACCACGGCCCGAAGGCACUUCAUUUCUUCAAAAUUCUCUCUCACCACCCUUCAUAUUGCCAUCAAGCUUCCUCCUUCGACCAUGCCAUCGACAUUUGUGCCCGCCUCCGUGAUUUUCGGACCCUCUGGUUCCUUGUUUCCCGCAUGCGCUCUUGCCGCCUUGGCCCUUCUCCUAGAACUUUUGCUAUUAUUGCUGAAAGGUAUGCUGCCAUGGGAAAACCUCAUAGAGCUGUGACAGUUUUUAUGUCAAUGCAUGAAUAUGGUUGCUUUCAGGAUCUUUCAUCUUUUAAUACGAUUCUCGAUGUGUUGUGCAAGUCUAAAAGAGUUGAGAUGGCUUAUAAUUUGUUUAAGGCAUUAAAAGGUAAGUUUAAGGCUGAUUGUGUUAGUUAUAAUAUAAUUGUCAAUGGGUGGUGUUUGAUUAAGAGGACACCUAAAGCUUUAGAGAUGUUAAAGGAGAUGGUGGAGAGAGGAUUAACUCCAAAUUUGACUACUUAUAAUAUUAUGCUUAAUGGGUAUUUCAGAGCUGGUCAGACUAAUGAAGCUUGGGGUUUCUUUUUGGAAAUGAAGAAGAGGAAAUGCGAUAUUGAUGUUGUUACUUAUACUAGUGUGAUUCAUGGGCUUGGUGUUGUUGGUGAGAUUAAGAGAGCUCGAAAUGUUUUUAAUCAGAUGGUGAAGGAUGGGGUGCUUCCUUCUGUGGCUACUUUUAAUGCUUUGAUUCAGAUUUUGUGUAAGAAGGAUAGUGUAGAGAAUGCUAUAUUGAUUUUUGAGGAGAUGGUGAAAAGGGGUUAUGUUCCUAAUUCAAUAACCUAUAACUUGGUAAUUAGAGGAUUGUGUCAUGUAGGUGAAAUGCAGAGGGCGAUGGAAUUAAUGGAAAGAAUGGAAGAUGAUGAUUGUGAGCCAAAUGUUCAAACAUACAAUAUUUUGAUUAGGUACUUUUGUGAUGCGGGAGAGAUUGAGAAGGGAUUGGAUUUAUUCCAGAAGAUGGGUAAUGGGGAUUGCUUGCCAAAUUUGGAUACUUACAAUAUCCUAAUAAAUUCGAUGUUUGUAAGGAAAAAUUCAGAUAAUCUCUUGGUGGCAGGGAAGCUAUUGGUUGAGAUGGUUGAUAGAGGUUUUCUGCCUCGAAAACUUACUUUCAAUCGAGUUCUUGAUGGGCUUUUGUUAACUGGUAAUCAAGAUUUUGCAAAAGAGAUUCUGAGUUUACAGGGUGGAUGUGGUCGUCUUCCUCGUAAAUUCAAAUUAUGAAGCCUUUUGGAACUCAAGUUACCUCCUAUGUUUUGCGCACCCCAUCAAAGUAUGUUUUCUAGUAUGAGCUAACAAUACUACUAUUUAUGCGAAUUAAUACUACUGCUUCUAUCCAUUUAGUUCUGUAGUACACUGAAGUUAAGAAAGCCGGUAGAGUGAGGCAGUGUUUCCUUCAAAUUUGAGAACAUCGGACAUCUCUUUGAGUUGCCUGAAGUGAACUAACAAAUCUCAAGCAUUUGGAAAGGGAGCUCAUCCUGGAGCUGCUUAUAGUUUCCUUUGUUAGGUCCUAUGUAGAGGUUUCUCCGUGCUUGGACAGAUAUUGUAUUCCAGUUGCAGGAAGCGGCAAAUACUAGUAUCCUUUCUGGGAGGCGGAGAUGGAGGUUCUGUGGCUUUCUACACCAUCCCUGAACUUCAAUGCCGAUGAAAAUUAAAGAAUGUCCAAGGAUCCCCAAAGGGAAUUUCAUAAGAAAACCCGAAAACAAGUCAGGUUGGUGAAUAAUGUGCUUGGACAGCAGACAGGCUCAACCGCCCUGAAUCAGUUUAGGGUUUGUUUUGAUCUAGAUAGAAACUAUGCAAGCGCUAAGGAUUGAAACAGCUAUUCAAGAGAGGGUUCAAGUUCUUGAUUCGAAGUUUUGGAUCAUCACCUUGUACAUGUUCUGCCUCAUAUCCUUGACGUGAGGAUCUUUCCCAAUAUUGUUUAACCCGCAGACUCAUUAAUGCAAUUGGGGAUCCUCUUUGCAGCAGUGUUCUUUAAAAUCAAGUCUUUUCACUUUUCAGUCCCUUAAGGCACUCCAGUUCAAAUGUGUGAACAUUACCGGGGAAAGUCCUUGAGCACUUCUGAUCCCACUGUCCGCUUCUAGAGCGAUUGUAAUCGAGUCUGUGUUUCUUUCUUAUUCCGGGCUGGCUCAUGAGUUAGCUGCAGGUGUUCUGCACUUUUUCCUAGUCAUGUGAUGUCUUGGCUGGCUUCCGAGUUCGCUGUCACAAGGUAUCUACUCAAAAAACGGCCAUGUUCAAACUAGAAGGCCAAUCUGGAGCAAAAAGAAAAAAAAAAAAAAAAAAAACAUUAUUUGUUAAAAUAGAUAUUAGUAUAUAGAUUUACAAUUCUUUAAUUUUGAAUUAUUGAGCCUAAAAGUUUAGAACCAUUAAGGAUAUUGUUAUAUAUUAUCAGACUUUUUAUGAAUCCAAUUAAAUUUUAUUAUAGAAAA